CAUGUUUCAAGAUGAACUCUUUCAAAAUAUUGCUUAUAAGGUGAUGGCAACAAAUGAGGACGAACAUUGGGUUAUGUACGUCGUUAAUAGGAUAAAGGGGAGUGGUUCGAGGGUUCGUGAGGUUGUGGUAGAUAAGUCGUCAAACCAUGUCAGUUGUAGUUGCAAGAUGUUUGAAUGUGCUGGAAUUCCUUGUUGGCAUAUGUUGGCUUACUUUUGUAGAAUGCAAAUGGAAGAUUUGCCUAAUGAAUACAUCUUGCGGAGGUGGACAAAAUCAGCAAAGGCGAUGCGAGUUAGAGAUGACUUGGGUUCGGGAAUGAAAGAAAUAUGUGACACGUCUUUGUUAGACCGGCGAUAUAGACUCUUCCAACUUGCUUCUACUUUAAUUGAUGAGGCCAUGGUAAUUGAGGAUGGAACAGAAUUUGUGGUAGAACUUUUGAGUUCGGGUCAUAAGAAGAUGUGUGACAUGAAAAAAGUAAGCCAAGAUGGUGAAAGGAGUGCUAUUCAAGUGCCGAAUAUUCGUGACCAUUGUUUGAAAGAACCGCUUCAAGUGAGGGCAAAUGGUUGUGGUAAAUGACUCAAAGGAGGGAAAGAGAAGGCUGCCAAGAAGGCUAGGCAUUGUCACGGUUGUGGGUUAACAGGGCAAUCGCACGACAAAAGGAAUUGUCCAAAACUUCUCAGCACCUCUUCGCAAAAUGCUAGGUUGAAUGACGAAGAUGACAACGACGGCAUUGACUAUGCCGAUG